AUGGCGGGCCAUGUACAAAAUCAAAAUGCUGACGCUCCACAAGCUGAAGUACCACAGAUAAACGUUCCCUAUCCUCUUCACAACAAAAUCCAGUUUGGCCUUCUACCGGACAAAGUUGAUCUUUCAGUAGACAGAUUUAAGUACAAAGUUUCAGAAUCCAAGAAAUGUCUUAGUAAAAGCAUUCAUGGUCGUCGAGAACUGCUGACAAUUUUAUCAGAGGAAAGAAAAGCGUUAGAUAAAUUAGCCAGUGAUGUCCAAAUUUGUAAGAUUUCUGGUGGAGUCGCCGGUACUGUUGGAACUGGAUUGGUUAUUGGUGGAUUCGCUGCAUCUUUCUUUACAUUUGGCACAUCCCUUAUAGUUUCAGGCGUUGGUGCUGGGGUCGGAGGUUUUAGCACUUUAGUAGCAUCUGGUGCCUCAAUUGCUGAUUUUGUUAUUAGUAAAAGGGAAGAAAAUCUAAUAAAUAAGUUGCUAGAAAAGGACGAAAAAUGUUUGGAAAAAAUUCAGCAUCUUUUUGAAGAUUGUAAUUUUUUAUUUCAUGUUUUAAGUCGUAACAAAAACGCAGAACAGGGAAAUCAGACGAUAGGCCUAGUCAAAAAUCUGAUCGGCUUCACAAGAAUCACCGAUGUAGCUAUUGUUGUUGGUCGCUCAGCCUACGGACUGGUCCGCGACGCUGCCAAAUGUAUGUCUAUUCUUGGGGUCGUAUUUUCAAUCAUAUCUCUUCCUAUAGAUUUUCACACGGUUGUGACCAAUUCUAUGGCCAAACACAAGGGAGACAAGCAUAAAAUAUCUGAGGAAUUGAAAAAUUUUGAAGAAAAUAUUGAAAAAGGGUUGGUUUCUAUGGAAGCCAUGAUGGCUCAUUUGGAAAAUACCGAGAGGGCAAUAAAUGCAUCAUAA